AUGAUUUUUAAUUCAAUAUAAUAAUAUAUCAAUCAUUCCAUUACAUGGAAGAUGAAUCUUAUCUAAAACUACUCAGCCCUUUGUUUCAACGUUGAAACCUGCCCCAAGAUCAAGAUAUGAAUCAAGCACAGGUCGCUAUAAUCGCAACACCCAACAUGGGCAACCUUGUUCCCGCCGUAGAGUUUGCCACCCACUUAACCAACCAUCAUCUCCACCACAUCUCUGUCACAAUUCUCACCAUCUCCAUGCCUCAAUCGCCACUCAUCGAUAACUAUGUCCAAUCACACUCAUCCACCGACCACAUCCGCUUCAUCCAACUCCCUCCUGCUGACAUACCACCCCCAAAUCAAUACAACACACGAAUCGGCUUUACUUCACUGUAUAUACAAAACCACAAGCCCAUAGUCCAACAAACACUCCAAAACCUCUCGCCUCCACUAGUCGGGUUUUUCGUCGACAUGUUUUGCACUUCAAUGAUUGACGUCGCCAAUGAUCUCAACAUUCCUUGUUACCUAUACUUCGCCUCUCCAGCGGCUUAUCUUGGCUUUGUACUCCACCUCACUACCUUGUCCGAUACCGAGUCCACAGACUCGGCUAACGGGUUAUCGGUACCGAGUUUCUUAAACCCGGUCCCGUCAACCGCCUUUCCGUUAUUCUGUAUCAACAAAAACGAACUUGGUUACUCGUGGUUUGUACAUCACACGCUUAGGUAUAAAGAGACCAAGGGUAUAGUUGUAAAUACGUUCCAAGAGCUUGAACCCUAUGCGCUUGAUUCUUUGUCUUCUGAUUACAUUGAUUUGCCACCGGUUUACCCAGUUGGACCGGUUGUUGACCAUGUUGGACCGGUUAAGUGGCAUUCUAACCGGUCCAUGCAUGAAAAGGCAAUUCAAUGGUUAGACCGGCAGCCGGAUUUUUCAGUUGUUUUCUUGUGUUUUGGUAGCAUGGGGAGCAUAAACCGGGACCAGGUGAGAGAAAUAGCAACUGGUCUGGAGCGAGCCGGGUACCGGUUUUUGUGGUCGUUACGUGAACCGGCCAAGACAAAGCUAGAGCUUCCGAAUGAUUAUGAAAAACUGGAAGAGGGUUUGUUUCCAGAUGGGUUUAUCGAUCGUACAACACAGAUUGGAUUGGUGUGUGGGUGGGUGUCUCAGGUGAGCGUGCUAGCCCACAAAGCAAUUGGCGGCUUUGUUUCACAUUGUGGUUGGAACUCAAUCUUGGAGAGCAUAUCCUACGGUGUACCGAUUGCCACGUGGCCUUUAUACGCAGAGCAACAUCUGAAUGCGUUUGAGAUGGUAAGGGAGCUUGGAUUAAGUGUAGAGAUAAGGAUGGGUAAAGGGAGUGAUCUAGUGUUGGCGGAUGAGGUGGAGAGAGGCGUGAGGGAAUUGAUGGACGGUGGAGAUGGUGAGUUGAAGAAAAAGGUCAAAGAAAUGAGUGAUAAGGCCAAAAAGGCUUUGACGAAAAACGGGUCCUCUUUUCAAGCUCUAGAGGAUUUAAUGAAUAUUCUUCUAUCCCAAGUUUAAAAACGGGUUAGUUUUAUUUAUGAGUUUGCAUAUUGUAGAUUUUCUAAGAAAUAUAUGAAAAACCGAUGCCAAUUAGUUUCGUAUUCGUGUGAGGAUAAAGAAUUUCGUUUAGUUUCGUAUUUGGGUAAAGAAUUUCGUUUAGUUGUAUUCGAACUUGUAUCCUUUGUC